AUGAUCCAGCGGAGCACUCAUGAGGCCAAAGAGAAGAGGAGGAGGCUGGGAGGAACUCCAGUUAGCGACGUGGGAGAGAACCAGCGAGGAGGUCCCCGCCUUUGCUUGCCUGUCUCCCCCAGGGCCGCCCAGUACGCCUGCUCCCUUCUGGGCCACGCACUGCAGAAGCGCGGGGCCAGUCCUGAGCUGCAGAAACAGAUUCGACAGCUGGAGGGUCACCUGAGCCUGGGGAGAAAGCUCCUCCGCCUGGGCAACUCAGCAGAUGCCCUCGAGUCAGCCAAACGCGCUGUGCACCUGUCAGAUGUUGUCCUGCGAUUCUGCAUCACGGUUAGUCACCUCAAUCGAGCCUUGUACUUCGCCUGUGACAAUGUCCUGUGGGCUGGGAAGUCUGGACUCGCUCCCCGUGUGGAUCAGGAGAAGUGGGCCCAGCGUUCAUUCAGGUACUAUCUGUUUUCUCUCAUCAUGAAUUUGAGUCGUGAUGCUUAUGAGAUUCGCCUACUGAUGGAACAAGAGUCUUCAGUUUAUAACCGGCGACAGAAGGGUUCUGGAGGAGGAGCCCCAGGAGGAAUUGAAACUGGGGGACCUGGGGAUCCAGGGACUCCAGGAGGAAGCCUACCCCAAAUAGCUCUGAAACUUCAGCUCCGAGUCCUGCUCCUGGCUCGGGUCCUUCGGGGUAAUCCCCCGCUUCUGCUGGAUGUGGUCAGAAAUGCCUGUGACCUCUUCAUUCCACUGGACAAACUAGGCCUCUGGCGCUGUGGCCCAGGAGUUGUGGGGCUUUGUGGCCUCGUGUCCUCCAUCCUGUCUAUCCUCACUCUAAUCUGCCCUUGGCUACGACUCAAGCCCUGAUGUUCUGGUACAGGAUAAGGAGGGGACCUGGCUUGGUAAGAUGGAAUCUUAGAUUGUCCCCAGUGUCCCAGACGCAUCCUAAUCCUACUCCUUGGUUAAAGUUAAAAUCCAGAGAUUUAGGGAUAAACCAGGGGUGGGGAACGUCUGGCCCGUGGGCUGUAUAAGGCCCGCAAAAUCAUUUGGUCUGGCCCUGCCAAGGCAUUAGGGGUGAGUUAAUUAAAUGUUUGACCAAAUAUGUCAGGCUAAUUUUUAAGUGGAUAAUUUUGUAUGGCCCAUGAGAGAUGUUAUAAAUAUCCAAUGGCCCUUGGCAGAAAAACGGUUCCCCAUCCCCGGGGUAGAGGGAGGAGCUUUAGGGAAGAUGAGGUGACUUGUGUAGUCAGUAGGAUGAUUCCAGUGUUCAGAUCUGCUGGAGCUUUUGUUCUUUUCCUCCUCCAUUGCAUUGUCUGUGUCUCUCUUGACUCUUGAUUUUGUCUCUCUUAAAUCGUAGAUUCUGUCUCUGGGUUUUUUUUUCCCCUUCUCAGUCCCCUGUCCUAGGAAUUUAAUCAGCAGCAAAAUGACUUUUGGGUAGGGGAGAAGGUGUGUUCUGUAAGAUUCUAAUUGCCUUCUUUUUCCUCACAGAGGUGGCUUGUGGCAGACUUUACCCCCUUCAGACUCCAGACUAUAAUUUUAAAGAUUUAUGUCCCAGUGGACUCUUCCCUCAUGCCCCAGAAGUGGUUCGCUGCCUCCUCUUCCUCCCUCAUGGCUACCUCACCAACCUCGCUCAUGACUUGGCCCUUACCCUUCCCUCUACUCACAUCUGCAGAUUUUGGCUUACACUUCGACUUCAGGGCUUCGUUCUCAGCCUGUUCUUACCUCUUCUUUGCCAACCCAGAAUGAUGCCGUGUCUAACAUCUUGCUGUAAAUAUUGUACAAUGAUUCUGUGUAAAUAGUUAGGGCCCCGCCCACAAUGGAGAGCAAUUAAAGAUCAGCCAAUUAAAGAUCAGUUUGCUCAUUGA